AUGUGGAACCUCAUCAACUACACUGUUUACCCGUUAGCAUUUAAUUAUGUAAUAGGUACACUUUUGAAAGUAUUACAAUUUACUGCACAGGUAAAUCCUAACCCUGCAAAAUACUUAAUUACUGAUGAAGAACAUAAAAUUGCUACUAAUUAUGAGAUGAGUAAGAUCAAACUUUCAAUCGUAACUGAGUUUUUCAGUUUUAUUAAAGAUUUAAUUAUGUAUCAGAAUAUUCAACAAAUAUAUUAUCGUAUUCCAGAAUCCAAAUAUUUUGAUAAAGACGUUUUAAUGAUGUUAUUUAUCAGUAUAUUUUCAGUUGUUUUCAUGAUUCCAUUCAAUUUGUAUAGUGAUUUUGUUUUAGAAGAAAGCUAUGGUUUUAAUAAGAAAACUUUGAAACUUUUUAUUAUGGAUUACAUUAAAGUUGGAAUUAUUUUUGUGGUUGUUGCAUACCCAAUACAGUAUUUGGUAUUUUAUUUAAUAAGAAGAUUUGAAAAGUUUUGUUUUUAUGUUGGUGCUACAAUCAUUUGUAUUCAAGGUGUUUUUAUUUAUUUACAUCCAAUUUUGAUUGCUCCACUUUUUAAUAAGUUUACUCCUUUGGAUAAAGAAUUAGAUCUUUAUAAGCGUAUCGAAUCAUUAGCUAAGAAAUUUGAUUAUUCGAUUGAAAAGGUUAAUAUUUGCGAUGGUUCUACUAGAUCUUCGCAUUCUAACGCUUACUUUUCUGGGUUUGGUAAAUCUAAGAGAUUAGUGUUGUUUGAUACAAUAGUUAAUCAGAUGAGUGAUGAUGAAAUUAUGGGAGUGGUAGGUCAUGAAUUUGGACAUUGUGUACUUCAACAUAUUCCCAAGUUAAUCACUAUUUCAUCAAUUUACCAGUUUAUUUCUUUAAUAUUCUUUAAUCGUUUCGUGUACAAAACCGGUAGUUAUCCUAUUUCUAUUAAGAUGAUAGUCUUUUCAAGUUAUUUUUCAUCUUUUAGCAUUUUAUUUGUUUUUUUAUCAAAUUUUAUUAGUAGAAAAUUUGAAAAAGAAGCUGAUAUGUUUUCGGUUGAAUUGGGCUUUGGUGAAUAUUUAAUCAAUGGUUUAAAAGUUCUUUCUAAUAAGAACAACGUAACACUGGUUAAUAAUUGGUUGUAUUCAUUAAUUUCAUUCUCGCAUCCUCCUAUUUUAGAAAGGAUUGAGUUUAUUAGAAAGUUGAUUGCUAAGAAUAAAUAA